AUGCCUCCAAAGAAGUUCAAGUCGCUCGACGAAUAUAUUACCGAGGAGCAUAAUCCAAAUCAGGUGUCCUCCCCAUUUGGAGGAUAUUACACGAAGAAGGCUAACUCCGGUGGAAACCAUCCGCAGCGGAAUUGGAACCAAGGAAGUGCAUAUCAGGCUCAAAGGAGCUACCCUACAGACAGCCAAAGCUAUGGAAACUACGGAAAUCAGGCUUACAAUGCUUAUGGAACUUACAACCAGAAAAAUCAAAAUUAUGGCCAACAGGCCUAUAUGUCGAACACUCAAGGCUACCAAUCACCGCAAUACUCUGGCAGGUCCACCCCAACCGGAAGUGGUACGCCUACUCCUUCGACGUCUACUACUUCUCUGACGUCCUUGACAAAUGGUUUGGCUAACCUAGAGGUUUCGCCUGUGUCCUCUAUUCUCGCAAAACUUCCAGAAUGCAGCUCGAUUUCCGAAUGCAAGCAACAAAUUCAGCUCGCAGUCGAUCAAUUCAACCAGGAAGGAUGUUCUGCUAAAAACAUCGGCGAAUGGGAUAUUUCAGGCAUCAUUACUAAGUUGACGAAGCCAAAGUGUCCAAAUCUUGUCAGAGAAUCUGCGAUGGUUUUGAUCUCCCAACUGAGCUCCAACUUCGCAGGAAAGUCUCCUCAGGAGGCAUAUCUUGUGCCUCUACUAUCUUUAGCUUUGGACUGUACUGCUGACAAGGAUAACUCUGUCAAAAGAGCAUCUCAGCAUGCGGUUGACUCGCUUUUCGGCUUGUUCCCCAUCGAAGCUCAGACGAGCGUAAUACUACCGGAAAUUCUCGAAUAUCUUCGUUCGGGAGCUAAAUGGCAAUCCAAAAUUGUUGCGUUAAAGGUAGUUGACCGUAUCAGAGAGGAGUCGCCAAACGAUUUACUGGAGUUGAAAUUCAAAGAUGCAGUACCAGUUUUGACAGACGUGGCCACUGAUUUCAAGCCUGAACUGGCGAAACAAGGUUAUAAGACUCUUUUUGACUUUGUUUCUAUUUUAGAUAACUUGGAUUUAUCUCCUCGUUUCAAACUAAUUGUUGAUACCUUACAAGAUCCCUCCAAGGUCCCAGAUUCUGUUAAAUCUCUUUCCAGUGUAACUUUUGUUGCUGAAGUCACAGAACCGGCGUUAAGUCUUUUGGUUCCUAUCCUUAACAGAUCGUUGAAUCUUUCGUCUUCAUCUCAAGAACAACUAAGACAAACAGUCAUUGUCAUUGAGAAUCUCACGAGAUUGGUGAACAACCGUACCGAAAUUCAAUCUUUCAUUCCACAAUUAAUGCCCGGUGUACAGAAAGUUUUAGACACUGCGUCUUUGCCAGAAGUUCGUGAGCUUGCCGAAAAAGCUUUGAAAGUUUUGAAGGAUGAUUCAGAAGAUGAUGGAAAAUUCCCAGGCAAAAUAACCUUCGAGGAGGGCUUGGAAUUUUUGCAAAAGCAAUUGAAAGAAAUGCCCGAUCAAUCCUACUCAUAUUUGAUCCGCUCUGGAGAAUCCACGAUCAUUAAUUAUUUGGCCAAGGUUUUAACAGUGGACGCAAAUGUUAACGACUGGAAGAGACUCAAGGACUACUUGGUUAUGGUGCUAGGCCAGGAUAACUCUGAAGCAAUUGAUGAUAAGUUUAUUCACGAGUUGAGGCAGAUUUUCCAUCAAGAAACCUCGUCUUAUGAUGGCGAGGAGGGUGUUGAAAUUGUGAAUGCCGACUUUUCCCUUGCUUACGGUUCGAGAAUGCUACUUAACAAGACGACUCUUCGUUUAUUGAAGGGUCACCGUUACGGUCUUUGUGGUAGAAAUGGUGCUGGUAAAUCAACGCUUAUGAGAUCCAUUGCCAAUGGUCAAUUAGAGGGUUUUCCUGACAAGGACACUUUGAGAACUUGUUUCGUGGAACAUAAAUUGCAAGGUGAAGAAGGUGAUCUUGAUUUAGUUUCCUUUAUCGCACUUGACCCAGAAUUACAGGGCGUUUCUCGUGAAGACAUCGCUGCAGCUCUAGAAUCUGUUGGCUUCGACGAAUUUAGAAGAUCACAGACUGUCGGAUCUCUCUCCGGUGGUUGGAAAAUGAAGUUGGAACUUGCGAGAGCUAUGUUGCAAAAAGCCGACGUUCUUCUACUGGAUGAGCCUACUAACCAUUUGGAUGUUAGCAACGUAAAAUGGUUAGAGGAGUACUUGCUGGAACACACAGAGAUUACAUCGUUGAUUGUUUCGCAUGACUCUGGAUUUUUAGAUGCCGUCUGUACCGACAUUAUCCAUUAUGAAAAUAAGAAGCUUGCCUAUUAUAAAGGUAAUUUGGCCGCUUUUGUUGAGCAAAAACCCGAAGCUAAAGCAUACUAUACCCUGACAGACUCUAAUGCGCAAAUGCGUUUCCCACCUCCAGGAAUCUUGACGGGUGUGAAGUCAAACACAAGAGCUGUAGCUAAAGUAACGGGUGUGAGCUUCACGUAUCCAGGUGCUAGCAAGCCAUCUCUUGAAAAUGUUUCCUGUUCUUUGUCUUUGAGUUCGCGUGUCGCUGUCUUAGGUCCAAAUGGGGCGGGUAAAUCGACUUUAAUCAAGCUAUUGACUGGUGAGUUAGUGCCACAAGAAGGUAAAGUAGAAAAGCAUCCUAAUCUCCGUAUCGGUUAUAUCGCACAGCAUGCAUUGCAACACGUUAACGAACACAAAGAGAAAACUGCUAAUCAAUAUCUACAAUGGCGUUAUCAAUUCGGUGAUGAUCGUGAGGUUCUCUUGAAAGAAUCUAGAAAGAUUUCUGAAGAAGAGAAAGAAAUGAUGUCCAAAGAGAUUGAUGUUGGUGACGGCAGAGGCAAACGUGCCAUAGAAGCAAUUGUUGGUCGUCAAAAGUACAAGAGAUCCUUCCAAUAUGAAGUCAAAUGGAAGUAUUGGAAACCAAAGUACAAUUCAUGGGUUCCUAAGGAUGUGCUAUUAGAACAUGGUUUCGAAAAACUAACACAGAAGUUUGACGAUCAUGAGGCGUCCAGGGAAGGUUUGGGUUACCGUGAAUUGACCCCUAGUGUCAUCACUAAGCAUUUUGAAGAUGUUGGUUUAGACGCCGAAAUUGCGAACCAUACACCUAUGGGCUCACUUUCUGGUGGUCAGCUUGUUAAAGUUGUCAUUGCUGGUGCUAUGUGGAAUAACCCUCAUUUGUUAGUCUUAGAUGAACCUACAAACUAUUUGGACAGAGACUCUCUAGGUGCUCUAGCUGUGGCCAUCCGUGAUUGGAGUGGUGGUGUUGUGAUGAUUUCGCACAACAAUGAAUUCGUAGGCGCUCUGUGUCCAGAACAAUGGAUCGUUGAGAAUGGUACCAUGGUUCAAAAGGGUAUCAAGCAAAUUGACCAGAGUAGAUUCGAGGAUGGUGGUAACGCAAAUGCUGUUGGUUUGAAGAUAGAAGCAAAAACAUCGGUAGAUGAUGAUGACUCACCCGCUAACAUCAAGGUUAAGAAGAGAGUUAAGAGAUUGACAAGAAACGAAAAGAAGGCACAAGCUGAACGUCGUCGUCUGCGUUACAUUGAAUGGUUAUCUUCGCCCAAGGGCACACCCAAACCAGUUGAUACUGAUGAUGAAGAAGACUGA